UUACUUUUUACAGACACUGAAAAGUUGCACAAUUGAAGAGAGAGCAAGUAAGCCAUUUUUUUUUUUUUUCUUCAGCAGCUACAGUAAGUGAGUAAGGCUAAAUAAUUAUGGCGACUACCGUGGUUGUCCAGCAGCCACAUGUGAAGGUAAAAACUCAAAUGAGUGCCUGGAGUACAGGACUGUUUGACUGUUGCCAGGACAUGAAUUCUUGUUGCUAUGCAUACUGGUGCUGCCCAUGCUUUGCCUGCUCCACCACUGGGGAGUUUGGGGAGAGCACCUGUCUGCCUCUGAUAGACCUGUUAGGCCCAGGUCUUAUGGCUGCUUUCGGAAUGGUAGUAUGUGUGCCACCUGUUACUUUGGGAAUGAGGGUGGCAGUUCGUCACAGAUACGACAUUGGGGGCAGUCUCUUUGAGGAUAUCCUGGUGUCCUGUUGUUGUGUCUGGUGUUCCUGGUGUCAAAUGAACAGAGAAAUCAAAGAACGUAAAAAACCCAUCACUGUAGUGACCAUGCAGCCUGUGGUUCAAGCUGUUCCCAUUACAACCACCACAGAAGUUCUCUCUGUCAGACAGCAGUCGACUGAAGUGAUGGGCAUGGCAUAGGUAGCAGUCGCACCUCCUCCAAUCCCGAUGUCACCGAUCCAGACUGGUUCACCUGUUGUCAUGACAGUUGUUCCAUAGAAGGUUGCCCAGCAGCCACAUGGAUGUGACCUGAAAGAUUUUGACAGAUAGUUCAGGUGUUUAAUACGUAAUGACUGUUCUUAAUGUGCAAAGUUUAUGCCAUUGACUAAAGACAACUUCUGUGUAUACACACUAAUAUAAUUCUAAGUGACCUUGAAAAGAAUGAUCAAUAAGAGUGGUGUAAUAUCUAACCUGCAUGAUUAAUAUAAAUGAUUUUGUGUGAAUGACUUUUUGGGAAAUGCAUUUGGGAAAUACUAUUUCUGUGGCUUUAUAUUGCUUAUUCUGUGUGAGUUUGGGUCAGGUAACCUGAGUUAUUCAAAUAUAAAUAAUUGAGUACAUCUUUGUAUAAAUCUAUUUUUCCUGAAAGCAUGGACAGUUCUUGAUUAAGUGUUUCAAGGCCAUCUUUUCUAUAAUUUAAUGUGAGUCUUAAACAGAAGAAGUGUCCAGACAACUUUUUAUUUUAAAGACAGCAUACACUCAAGCUUGCUUGAUGACCCAUGCAGAAUCUUGUAUUUCUUACUCAUUUUAUUUUAUGUUUCUUUGUUUUAAA